CAGAAGCAGCGCUGAGCUUUGUUGUGAGAUUUUGAGAGCCUUCGUCUCGCUUUCAACUCGGAAGCAGCUUGGGUUUGGAAGAACAUCUCUUGGUGGCUUGCAGAACUUGAUUUAAAGGUUAGUCUGCAACAGUAGAAGUGUCAGUAAUAACACAUGGGACUCCACCAAGCUCUGGCAAAAGAGCGGCAAAACAUGAAUAAUACUUUUACCUUCUGGGCACAAGGAGACAGUUCUACACCUGAUCUACUCUGCGGGAGGGCAGCGGAUUACCUUGUAACACAGACACAUUUUCCGCUACUUUUGUGUGCCAUUAGUGUUUCCGGAGGUGUUUUGAAGGUGCUUCUAAAGAAUCAUGAAGUUAUUGUCUUGACAAUUCUUUCUGCACUAGGAUUUCUGUUAGGACAACUGGCCUUUCAUUUUGUUGAGAUGCAUAAAGUUGUUUACCCUCUUUUACGAACACCAAGUUUUUCACUUUAUUGUUACUUCAUACCUUUAAUUACAUUUAUGGCUUCUUUGGAUUUGGACCUUCAUAUACUCAAGAAUGUGUUUUGGCAGAUCUCAUUAGCUGGAGUGAUUAGCAUUUUUGCUGAACUUGUCGUGACUGGAUAUGUGGUAAUGAGAUUCAAUGAAAGUUCAUGGGAUUUGCAAUGUUGCAUAUUCUUUACCAUCACCCUCAGCAGUAUAGAUCCUCUUCAUUCUGUAAAAUCGUUGGGAACUAUCGGCAUUUCUAAAAUGUAUACCGACUUCUUUAGAGGAGAAUCAUUGAUCCUUUGUAGUGUCAUGCAUAUUUUUUUUGGAAUUUUUCGGGGUAGCUCAACAGAAAUUAACAUGUUUAGAGAGCUACACGUAAUUUUGGGAGUCAUCUUCGACAUUUUUGGAAGCGUUGUAAUUGGAUACUGGUGUGCUAGAAUCAUUGAGUUCAUAUUGACUGACCCUUUUAACAAUUCACUGACCAAUACCAUUCUCAGCUUUUCAUUGGUGUACCUGACUUUCUACAUUGUGGAACAUUUUGGAAUGUCAGGCCUUGUUGCUUUGAUUACAGUGGGACUGAAUUUAGAUUCCUUAAGCUUUAAAGCAAAUAUGGAGCAUGUAAUUACUAAAUUCCUAAUGAUGUUUUCAUCUGUAUAUGAACAUUUAAUAUAUACUUUCUUUGGCAUUGUGAUUGGAUGUGGAGAUAUAGAGUCUUUCAAAUUUCAUACCUUAGUUUUCACUCUCUUGUUAUUUGCAACAGUGAAUUUUGUAAGGAUUCUUACUACUAUUGCACUGACUCCUAUCUUAAUGCAGUUGAGUCAUGAAUACAAUUGGCAAUUGGGAAUUGUCAUUGCCUGGUCUGGAAUUAGAGGAGUUUUUAGCUUACUGUUGUCUCCCGAUGUUUAUAAUCUGGCUGAACAAAAAGUAAAGGCUCCACAUCUGUUUAUAUUCUAUGUACAAGCAGUGUCAUUGUUGACUAUGGGAAUAAACUCACUCAUGAUGACUUGGUCAGCUAAGACAUUAGGUCUGUGUGCUAUUUCCCUCCCAAGACAAAGGGUUAUACAAAACGUCACUCAUCACAUACAGCAGAUUCUACAGAACACAAUAACUUUAUUUAAAACGGAGAAACUUUUGACGAAUGUUAAUUGGACUUUAGUAGAAGAAAAAACGAAGAUUGAAUAUGUUAUUCCUCCUGACAAUCUUCAGUCUUCCCAAUUUUCAAGGAAUGAUGGCGAGAGCCCAGCAGACGAAGUUUUAAUAGAAGAAGCCAAAUUACAUGUAGCUAUAAUACAAAUGAGUAGCUUUGAAAAACAAUGCAACGAGGGACUUAUUGGAGUACAGGCAGCCCGGAUAUUAAUUGGUGCCACCAAAAUCUAUUGCAUCAUCCAAGGAAAAUUCAUGAGUAUUUAUGAUGUUUCAACUUAUGUAAGAGCUAGAAGUUGGCUUAUAAUGUUUAAAAACAUACUGACUUACAUGGAGUACCAUAAAGAAAGGGGAACUUUUGUUUUACCUGGGAUUAAUAAAUUUAUCUUAUUUGUGUACCGCAUUGUAUUUUCAGAAGAAUUUGAAUAUGCAGGAUAUAUUAUAGCAUUCAUGUAUGUUUAUCCUCUUCUAAUACAUUUGUGGCCAGCGGCAAGAAAGCUAAACGUGUCAGCUCUGAGCACAAUAAACUACUAUUUUUUAUUUUUGUAUGUAUUGCAGGCAGCAUUGAAGAUAAUAAUUUUGAGAAAGAAAUAUUUUCAACAACAUUGGAACUUACUGGAUUUUCUUAUCAUGAUUGUUGGAAUUGUUGAUGUCUUUUGUUUAUACUGUGUCACCAUGAGACCAAGCAACUUGUUUCUUAUCCAACUUACAGUGACAUUAGGCUAUUUAAGAACAGCUAGGCUUCUUCCUCUCUUCAAGUUAGUAAUACCAAUACUGAUACACAGGAUAGAUGUGCAGAUCAAAAAGCACCUCAGCUUGGUGUAUACUAUUACAAAAGGCUAUGCCAAAAGUCAAGAAGAUGCCAAACUUUUAGUAAAACAAAUUUCUGGCCGUGAAUCAGUAUAUCAGAAAUUGCAUGACAUUUUGGAAAAAAACAAACAAGAUGCUAUCAAAGAACUAGGAUUCAUAGAGCAUGAGAAUCGUGAUGUGGUCAUUGCUUUAAAGACCAAACAGGCGGUCCGGAGAAUAUUUGCUAAAGCCCAGAAACGUCUCACCUUCCUUUGGUCAAGAGGCAUUAUGGACAGACACGAGGCCAUCAGCAUGAAUAACGUAUUUCUUAGCAAAAUAAAAGCCUUGAAUAAUUUUCCAAUGGUAGCCCCACCUCCAACUCCUGGCCAGUACCUCUCUAACAUUAUUUGGCUGGAAAAUAAAGAUGUUCUCAUUGAGUUCUUCAAGGAAAGAUCCAAACUUGCCUACUUUGACUAUGGAGAUGUCAUUUGUAAGGAAGGUGAAAUGCCACUUGGAAUCUACCUAAUUAUUUCGGGAAUGGCGAGUCUGCAUAGCUCAUCGCCUACCUUCGGCAUAGACUGUGUCCGGAGGCCUGACUUCGGCGACGAAAGCCUGUUUACAGAGUACUGCACAAGUGGGCAGGUCCUUGGGGAGCUGAGCUGCCUGCUCAAGGAGGAGGUUAAAUACACCGCUAUCUGCGAAACCACGUUACAAGCCUUCUUUAUCUCUUUGGAGGAUUUAUAUGAAGGCUUUGAUAUCUUCUGGCCUUCCCUGGAAUAUAAAAUAUGGCUUAAUUUUGCUCUACAUAUUGCUAAUCAGUAUUUUGAACCAACUAUUGCCGAUGAGCACUUAGAUUUUCAGAAGUGUGUGAUGAACAAAUGCGCAUAUGUGGAGAGCUUGCCGAUCUAUACUGAAAUGACUAUUAAUACCUCGACCAUGAAAUUUGUUAUUAUUGUUUACGGCUGUGUGAUUAAUAGUGCUACGGAGGAUCCGUAUCCUGCACCUUACAUUAUACCUAAAACCUGUGAGCAGAUUCAGGGAACUGUAGAUAUAAGCAAGCUGCUGAUAAUCCAAGCAUCGGGGCCUGCCACAGUUGAUCAUAUCAGUGGCAUAGUCAACCCUGGUUUGCACACAGUCAAGAAAGAACAAGUGCAGAAGAAAAAAGAUAAGUUCAGAACUGGACAUCACUUUAGAAAACCACAUUAAUGAUACAAAAACGAUGUGAGUAGUCAGGUUAAAGACUAAGCUAAUAUCCUGGCUUGAAUGAUGAAGGACUACUUGGCAAGGGGGUUACUUAGAAACUGGAAAAUAAUUUACUGCUGCAUUUAUUUGAUAAGCAAUUGACAGAAUGGUGUAUAAAUUUCGAUUUUAAAAAUGUGCAGUAUAGUUGAAAAUUGUGUUCAAAGUUCUUCAGGAGGAGAUGCCCUAAAAUUUAUAAGCUACCAAAGGGGCAGUUGUAAUAAAUUAUUCAAUGUGUUGCAUUAUUAAUGUACUACUGUAGCAUAAGAUCUGUAAUUUUUGUGGAAUUGCUAUACCUAACACCUCCCUGAUAUUUUCCAGAGUACAGUUGUUCUUCCCUCUAAAGUUUAGCAAAUACUGAAAAGUAGAACUAUGUUUUACAAUCUGGCUACUAAGAGCAAAGCUUAGGAGAAAUUCAUAUUCUUGUAUUGCAUAAUAUUAUUGGAUGUCACUUUUCAACUUAUUUUUAGAAGUCAAA